AUGAGGAGAGAGAACUACACAGUGGUAAGUGAAUUUUUUUUCCAGGGUUUUUCCAGCUUUCAUGAACACAAGCUUACUCUAUUUGCAAUAUUUCUCACCUUGUAUGUUUUAACCCUGGCUGGCAAUGUCAUCAUUGUGACAAUUAUCAGUAUUGAUCGUCACCUUCACACCCCCAUGUACUUCUUUCUCAGUAUGCUUUCAACCUCAGAAACGAUGUACACGUUGGUCAUUGUACCACAGAUGCUCUCCAGCCUCAUCGGACAAAGCCAGUCCAUCUCCUUGGCUGGCUGUGCCACCCAGAUGUUCUUUUUUAUCACUUUGGCCAUCAACAACUGCUUUCUACUCACAGCAAUGGGGUAUGACCGCUAUGUCGCCAUCUGCAAACCUUUGAGGUACACAGUCAUCAUGAACAGGAAGGUGUGUGCCCAGCUGGUUUGGGGGGCCUGCAGCAUUGGCCUGCUUGUGGCCAUAAUUCAGAUUUCCUCUACGUGGAAUUUAUCGAUGAAGAGAGAGAACUACACAGUGGUGAGUGAAUUUUUUUUCCAGGGUUUUUCCAGCUUUCAUGAACACAAGCUUACUCUAUUUGCAAUAUUUCUCACCUUGUAUGUUUUAACCCUGGCUGGCAAUGUCAUCAUUGUGACAAUUAUCAGUAUUGAUCGUCACCUUCACACCCCCAUGUACUUCUUUCUCAGUAUGCUUUCAACCUCAGAAACGAUGUACACAUUGGUCAUUGUACCACAGAUGCUCUCCAGCCUCAUCGGACAAAGCCAGUCCAUCUCCUUGGCUGGCUGUGCCACCCAGAUGUUCUUUUUUAUCACUUUGGCCAUCAACAACUGCUUUCUCCUCACAGCAAUGGGGUAUGACCGCUAUGUCGCCAUCUGCAAACCUUUGAGGUACACAGUCAUCAUGAACAGGAAGGUGUGUGCCCAGCUGGUUUGGGGGGCCUGCAGCAUUGGCCUGCUUGUGGCCAUAAUUCAGAUUUCCUCUGUGUUCAGUCAGCCCUUUUGUGGUAAAGAGGUGGCCCAUUAUUUCUGUGACAUCCGCCCAGUUAUGAAACUCUCCUGUGCUGACACCAAUCUACAUGACAUAAUUACUUUAAUCAUCAGCUCACUUGUCAUUUUGGUGCCCAUGGGUUUGGUCUUCAUCUCCUACAUCCUUAUCAUCUCCACCAUCCUCAAGAUUGCCUCAAGUGAGGGCCAAAAGAAGGCUUUUGCAACUUGUGCCUCCCACCUCAUUGUGGUCAUUGUCCACUAUGGCUGUGCCUCCGUUGCCUACCUCAAGCCUGAGUCGGAGAACACCAAAGACCAGGAUCAGCUGAUCUCAGUGGCCUACACCAUCUUUACUCCUCUCCUGAACCCUGUGGUCUAUACUCUGAGAAACAAGGAGGUCAAGAAUGCCCUUCACCGUGCUAUCAGCAGAAAACCUCCUGCCUAG